AUGAGGAGCCGAGCAGACACCAAACAGAUAACGAACAAAAAGAGAAAGAUGUCAUCAAGAACCGAACAGACGCCGAACAUAAAAAAAAAUAAGGACGCCAGGAGUCGAGCAGACACAGAACAAAAAGACGUAAGGAGCCGAGCAGACACCGAACAGAAGGAGAAAGAUGUCAUCAGGAGCCGAGUAGACACAGAACACAAGGAGAAAGAUGUCAUCAGGAGCCGAGCAGACACAGAACAAAAAGACGUAAGGAGCCGAGCAGACACCGAACACAAGGAGAAAGACGUCAUCAGGAGCCGAACAGACACCGAACACCAGGAGAAAGAUGUCAUCAGGAGCCGAGCAGACACCGAACACAAGGAGAAAGAUGUCAUCAGGAGCCGAGCAGACACCGAACACAAGGAGAAAGAUGUCAUCAGGAGCCGAGCAGACACCGAAAACAAGGAGAAAGACGUCAGGAGCCGAGUAGACACCGAACACAAGGAGAAAGACGUCAUCAGGAGCCGAUCAGGCACAGAACAAAAAGACGUAAGGAGCCGAGCAGACAUCGAACACAAGGAGAAAGAUGUCAUCAGGAGCCGAGCAGACACCGAACACAAGGAGAAAGAUGUCAUCAGGAGCCGAGCAGACACCGAAAACAAGGAGAAAGACGUCAGGAGCCGAGUAGACACCGAACACAAGGAGAAAGACGUCAUCAGGAGCCGAGCAGACACCGAACACAAGGAGAAAGAUGUCAUCAGGAGCCGAGCAGACACCGAACACAAGGAGAAAGAUGUCAUCAGGAGCCGAGCAGACACCGAACACAAGGAGAAAGACGCCAGGAGCCGAGUAGACACCGAACACAAGGAGAAAGACGUCAUCAGGAGCCGAGCAGACACCGAACACAAGGAGAAAGAUGUCAUCAGGAGCCGGGGGACACCGAAUACAAAGAGAAAGACACCAGGAGCCGAGUAG